AUGCCGAGUCAAAAAGAGUCACCUAAGCUCGAGGUAGCGAUCGCUGGAGGUGGCAUCGCAGGUCUCAUCACAGCGAUCGCACUCCUCAAACACCCCAACGUCAACGUACAAGUCUACGAGCGAGCACCUGAGUUUAAAGAAAUCGGCGCAAGUAUAGCUCUAGGCCCCAAUGGUCUCAGAACCCUUGAUCGGCUUGGUGUCCAAAAUGCACUGGCCGAGGGCUUUGCGCAACGCCAAAAGUCUGGAUAUCCCAUGAUAUACCGACACUGGAAGACCGGAGAAGUUAUCGAUCAUGAUGUUCACAGUACAGUACAGAGCAGGAAAUAUGCGACUGCACGGUUUCAUCGUGCCCACCUUCAUCAGGCCCUGUUAGAGAAUUUACCAGAGGGCAUUGUUCGUUUAGGGAAGACGACUGUUGAUGUUAGGGCGGAUCCUGAUGAGGGAGCUACGCUUUACUUUGAGGAUGGGACGACGGCAACGGCUGAUAUUGUCAUUGGGGCCGAUGGCUUGCGAUCUAAAGUCCGCAAGACGUUCGUACCAGAGCAUGAACUGCACUGGACAGGUUGGGUCGCUUUCCGCGCUGUCUUUGAUGCCGAUAGAUUGAAGGAUGUUGAGUAUCCUGAGGACGCAGCUCACUGGGCUGGCCAUGAGACGACCUUCUUCCAUUCACAUCUAGGCAAAGGCCUAUUCACAAUAGUCGGCGGUUACCACGCCGAUCCCAAAGAUCCCAAGUCACCAGGUAAAGGCGCAAAGUGGGAUGAAGAUGGCAGUGUCGAGGAGUUCAAGAGGUUAUACCAACAUUGGAACCCAACAAUCCGGGCAUUCAUAGACGCAACACCCUACGUAAAACUCUUCCCCAACUACGCAGGCACAGCUCUCGAUACAUGGUCCUUCUCCAACCGUGUAGCUCUCGUUGGUGACGCAGCUCACACCCACGGCGGGGCCUUCGCAGCAGGGGGAUCACUGGCUAUCGACGACGCAUAUGCCUUGUACCGCGCACUCGAUCACGUUUGGCCUCCUUCUUCAACACAAACAGGAAAGCCGACCAAGGCUCAGAUUGCGCAGGUAUUCGAGCUAUAUGAAGCCACUCGCAAACCACAUCUGGAUAAGCUCUUGGGUAUCGUCCAUAAGAACAUUUCAGGACAGAGGUCGAAUACCGAGAGAGCGACGACGGAAACUGACAAGGAGUUAAGACAGAGGGUGAAGGGGAGGAUGAAUCCUUCUUGGAUUAGUGAGCAUGAUGUUGUUGCUGCGUUUGAGCGGGCUGUUGGGAGGAUAGACAUUUAA